UUUCCCUCCAUCACGAGCCCUAGAGCUUCAUCUCUCUCUCCAAUGGCGGUCCUCUGCGUUGCGGCCGUGAUUCCCUUGCUUUCGAUCAUGGUAGUGCCGGGAAGCGCACGCAUUCCGGGGGUUUACACCGGCGGAUCCUGGCAGAGCGCUCACGCAACGUUCUACGGCGGCGGGGACGCCUCUGGCACAAUGGGAGGGGCGUGCGGGUAUGGGAAUCUCUACAGCCAGGGGUAUGGCGUUGAGACGGCGGCGUUGAGUACGGCGUUGUUCAACUCCGGGUUGAGCUGUGGUGCUUGCUUUGAGAUCAAAUGCGCUAAUGAUCCGGAAUGGUGUCAUCCUGGAAGUCCGUCCAUCUUCAUCACCGCUACCAACUUUUGCCCGCCUAAUUACGCCCUUCCUUCCGAUAAUGGUGGUUGGUGUAACCCCCCAAGACCGCACUUCGAUCUCGCUAUGCCGAUGUUUCUCAAGCUCGCUCAGUACCGCGCCGGCAUCGUCCCCGUCUCUUACCGCCGGGUGCCGUGCAAGAAACCAGGGGGAAUUCGGUUCACUAUUAACGGAUUCAAGUACUUCAAUUUGGUACUGAUAACGAACGUCGCCGGCGCCGGCGAUAUCGUUAAGGUAAGCGUGAAGGGGUCACGCACGGAGUGGAUGCCGAUGUCACGCAACUGGGGACAAAACUGGCAGUCCAACGCCGUGCUCGUCGGCCAAUCCAUCUCGUUCCGCGUCACUGCCAGCGAUCGCCUUACCACCACCUCCUGGAACAUCGUUCCGGCGAACUGGCAAUUCGGGCAAACAUUUUCCGGAAAAAACUUCAGGGUUUGAAGAAAAUUACCAACUUUUUAUUUUAUUUUUCAAGUUCCCGCUUUUUUUAAAAUUUAUUGAGUAUUUAUUUAGUGUAUUUGGCGCCAAAGUUUUUAAAAGGUGUCUCUAGUCUCUAGUGGUAGCGUAGGAUUGAUGGUUUUUAUGUGUGAUUUUAGGGAGAGUUUUGAUAGUCGUGAAAGUGAAAAAAGAGAGUGAAAAAGAAAGAUGGUGAGGUUGUUAUUAUGUUUGACUGGUUUUGGUUUGGGUUUGUGUGUGCUGAAGUGGCUGCACUGUUGCUGUGUUUGAAUUAACAGCUGGUGGCCCGCAGCUUAACUUGUGUGGUCUUUUUACUUUUGUUGUUGUUGUUGUUACUGAUAUAUUUGAUGUACUACUACUACUACGUUGUAAUUGGUGAAGUCCUCUGAAGUAAUUGUGUAAUUUGAGAUUUAUAAUAUAUAUAUAUAUAUAUAUAUGGCCUAUGUUUUUAA